UAACAUCAAUCGGCAGCCAAGAGAGGAAAAAUUAAAUAAUAAAAGGAGGAAAAAGAUUUUAUUUAUUUUCUUUCUUGCAUAAGAAUUUGGUUUCUGGAAACUGUGACAAUACACUACUACUGCUGCGUCUAUCCUGUUUCGCUCCUUUUCUUCUUACUCUGCCUCUUCCCCUGCCUGCCAUAUCCUUUUCUCUUCUUCUUCCCAUUGCGCCAUUAUUGUUGCAGCCUUUUCUUUGCGGCCGCCUUCCUCCUGUUGAAGGUGAGUCCAAUCGACCACCAAAUGGCCGGCGGCGGCGGCGGCCACAGGGACCUAGGGCCGGCGUGGUUGAAACCAAUGCUGAGAGCGAGCUACUUCCACCCCUGCCCUUUCCAUGGCGAUUCCAACAAGAGCGAGUGCAACAUGUUCUGUUUGGACUGUACCGGGAGUGCUCUCUGCUCUUAUUGUUUGAUCAAUCAUAGAGACCACCGUAUUGUUCAGAUUCGGCGAUCUUCGUACCAUAACGUGGUGAGAGUGAACGAGAUACAGAAGUACAUAGACAUUGCCUGCGUCCAGACCUACAUUAUCAACAGUGCCAAGAUUGUGUUCUUGAACGAGAGGCCGCAGCCUAGGCCAGGAAAAGGGGUUACCAACACUUGCGAGAUAUGUUGCAGGAGCCUCCUCGAUUCCUUCCGGUUCUGCUCUCUCGGCUGCAAGCUGGGAGCCAUGAAGCGAGGGGAUCGAACCCUCACAUUCUCACUUCUGAAUAAGCACAACCACAGAGAUCACUUCCUCGGAGGGUUCGACUCUGAUGACUACGAUGACGAUGAAUCGUCCACUCCCAAGAAGAUUCGGAGGACGAAUUUCUUCAAUCGCAUGAUGGACAGGCUAUCCAUCCACUCUUUCAACAGCGGCGAUGGAAGAGACAGCUCAGGUGAUGAAGCUGCAACCAACAUUUCCCCAUCGACUCCCCCCAUCUUCAAUCAUCGCAAUGCCAGGAGGAGGAAGGGCAUUCCUCAUCGCGCCCCAUUUUGACAGCCUUCCUCCAAUAUGCUAUGAAGAUAAAACCACAGGGAGGAGGGUUGUUUCCAUGCAGCACUUGGUAGUAGUGUGUAGUGAAGCAGUAACCUUAUACACAGAUAAAUACAUACGGUAGGAGUUGGUAUAGUUUGCUUUCUGGGUUGUAUAUAAUAUAUUCAGCUAGCAAGGGUAGUAGUGAUGAUGCUCUGAUAAUUAUGAGCUGGUGGUCAGUCUUAUAUAUGCAGUCUCUUUUCCCUUUCGUGAUAUAAGUUACUAGGGUAUUGUAGGAAUGAUGGGUAGUAAGUAACCCAGUACUGAGAACUGUAUAUAUGUAUAAUGCAGGUAUAGAUGUUUGGUUGAUGUGUAUACCAAUACAGGCAGCUUUGUGUAAAAGCUUAUGGCCUAUGGGAUACUUCUCUGUACAUGUACACUUGUGUAACAAGUAACACCAAGUAGUCUUUGUACAGGAAAGAAGUGAAUGAUAUUUCACAGCUUGGUUAGGUGUCAUUGUCUUAUUGGGAAUCGAUGGAUUAGGUUAGAAUGUGAUGUUGCUAUGGUAUUAAUGAUGUUUGUGGUGAAUUAGGAGGACUAAUUGUGGUUUCUUUUGAUGUUGUGCUAGGAAUGGUUGCUGUUUGUUGAUCCUGUACUGGUCAGGUCAUACUGGUCAGGACUUAUUAUGAUCUAUUGCUCUCUGUAGUGCC